UCCAGCCAUUACUAACUCCGUUGUUCAUUAAAAUCAUAAAGUUCUCAGUAAGAUAACUCAGAGAUUGAUAAAAACUAGAAAGAUAAAAUUUAGUAUGGCUAUGUAUAAUAAUUUCGUCUAUAAAAUGGAAAAGAAAAGUUAGAAAAAAAAUUUGGGUUCCUUUCCUACAUGCAAAGUGAAUAUGAAUUCUCAUCGUCUAUCCCAUGGUGUAGGGUAUGGUUAUCAGUAUGUCUGUACAUUACUUAUAGGAUUAAAGUGCUAAAAUAUAUAGAUUGUAACUAACUAGAAUAAAGUAAUUAAUUAAAAUAUAAAUACACCUGCGUUACUCGGAUGAAUUAAUUUUUAUUCAAAAUAUUCUAUGAAGAUCUUGUCAAAAGCUUUUACUUAACGGCACUGCUAUCAGUUUCCUCAUGAAAAGAAAAAAUAAGUAGAAUUCAAACCACAAUCUCACUUCAUUCCCGGAGAAAAAAAUAAGAGACUCUCUGGAUUUGCCGCUCGUCUUUUGGCCCCCCCAACUAACUUUGAUACAGGGCCCUCCACGGCAAGCUACGCCACAGUAUGGUACCAUCACAGCACAUCAUUUAGUGGAAAGUCUUUAGCCUUUAAUAAACAUCCCAAAAUAUAGAACAGUAUAAAUAAAGGAUUUACCGGUAGAUGAAUCAAGAGAAAGAUACGGAUAGUGAGAAGGAGGAAGUCCGGAAGACGCGCCCUCGGCUCGUGAUGACGCCAGCCGUGUGUAUGGAUGACAUCGAGGACCCGCGCACGCGCCAGAUCCUGUGCACGGAGACGUACACCAGCGUCACUGGGCGCCUCAUGCGCGAGACGUUGCCUUCUCGGGUCAACGUCAAGGCUCCUUUGCCCGCGAUACCUUUGCUCGGUGACGCUGACCCCUUCGCUCUACCGAAAAUGCGACCGCCGCUGGUAUCGCGUGAGUGGCGUAUGGAGACACUGUCGUGGGACAGAUGGCAAUUGAGACUCGAUUACGACCAAACUAAAGAAUUCUGGCUCGGAAGAGAACCGACAAAGUGCAUCAAAUGCGAUGAAGCUGCUUUGAUUAGAACGCAAAGGAAGAUGCUAAGAAAAUAACGUCACAUAUCUACCACCUUAAAGUGUCGUUGCCUACAACAGUUGGUCGCUGAAUUCAAAGACCUAAUAAUAAAAGAUUUACAAAUCAAGUUGAGAACCUCCUCCUUUUUGAAGUCGAUUAAAAAUAAACAGAUUAUAGCUAGCUACUUGAAAGAAUUACAAGAGACCUUGUAAUUCUAUCCGAAAUAGGUAUGUUCACAAAUGAGCCACAGGAACUGGAAGUUCACCAAAAGUUGUUUAGUGUUAUAUUAUUGUUAACUGAGUAUUUAUUAUUAUAUUUUAUUGAUUAGAUAUUUUCAUAAAUAAGUUUUCAUAUUGUAUUAUAUUUGGUUAUUUUAGAAGGGUCAUGUUAUGUUUAUAAAUGACAAUAUUU